UAGAAAAGCAAACAGGGCGCUCUUAUCUUGGGUGGCGGUGCCAAGGUGAGGCCGGGCUAUAAAAGGGGCCGAGAAGUCCUGAGGUGGCACCAGGGCUGCCCACACCAUGAACCUCCUGAUCCUCUUCGCGUUGGCCACAGUUGGCAUGGCCCACAGUGCCCUCCCCCGCAACCUGUGGCAAUUCCGCAACAUGAUCAAGUGCACCAUGCCCAGCAGCGACCCGCUGAAGGACUACAACAACUACGGCUGCUACUGUGGCUUGGGGGGCAGCGGGACCCCCGUCGAUUACCUGGACACGUGCUGCCAAAUCCACGAUGAGUGCUACUCGGCAGCCAAGAAGCACCCAAACUGCAAAUUCAUCUUGGACAACCCAUACACCAAGACCUACGCUUACAGCUGUUCAGACACCGAGAUCACUUGCAGUGAAAAGAAUAAUGAAUGUGAGGCGUUUAUCUGCAAUUGCGACCGCAACGCCGCCAUUUGCUUUUCGGGCGCCCCGUACAACAAAGAUUACAAGAACCUGGACACCAGCAAACACUGCAAGUGAAGGCUACACGGAAGCGCACGAUUUCAGCAGGUCGGGUGGCCCUGUGGAAAGACAGGAUGGGGCUCCUGUACCUUUAAGAGUCGCCCGGAGGAGGGAGCUUUUCAUUCAAGGCACAGGAGCCCUCUGCUGUCUUCAUACGGUAGCCUUGGGCGGGAUUUUCGAGUUCUGUAGCGGUUGCUUUCUCAUUCAGGGCGACUGUGUAUGUGGAAAACAUUUGGAAUAAAUAAAACAAAUUAGCAUGACAA